UAAUAACGUUAACUAAAGACGGCGGGGUCUGGGGUUUUAAAUGAGACUUCUUGCAUGUUGGUGUCCGUAAUGACGGAGCUGCUAGCAGCUCAGCAGUGUUUACACUCCCCUCUGAAGAUGGCCUGAGAUCCAGACGAGCUGAGGAGUCAUUACUGACCCUGUUCACCGCCCUCUCGUUCACAGACAGGCCGCGUAGAGACUACACGGUUUAAAACGCUUUAGCAGGAUGCCUGCUGAACGCAAAAAGUCAGUAAACAUGGAUGAGAAGGAAACAGGCUCCUUCAGCAACAAGGAGAAAGAGAGGGACAGAGACGGGGAGAGACGACCCACCUCCUCCAGAGAGAAGGGCAAAGAUGAAGGCAAAAUGAGUGGCAAGAAAGACAGCAUCAAGUCUGCAGAUGACAAGAAGCGAAGAGUAGAGGAGGAGAAGAGAAAGAAGGAAGAGAAGGAGCGGAAAAAGAAAGAAGAAGAAAAGCAGAGGGCUGAGGAAGAGCAGAAGAGGAAAGAGGAAGAAGAGAAAAGGCAGCAGGAGGAACAAGAAAAGAAGCUGCUGGAGGAGGAAGCAAAACGGCAGAAGGAGGAGGAGGCGGCUCAGUUGAAGGAGAAAGAGGAAGCUCAGCAGUUGCACCAGGAGGCAUGGGAAAGGCAUCAAAGCAGGAAGGAGCUGCGAGGGAAGAACCAGCAUGCACAGGAAAGCCGUCCCGAGGAGGCCUUCUUCAGUCGUCUGGACUCCAGCCUCAAGAAAAACACUGCCUUUGUUAAGAAGCUCCGCACGCUCACAGAACAGCAGCGUGACUCCCUCUCGCAUGACUUUGCUUCCCUCAACCUCAGCAAGUACAUUGGCGAGGCUGUCAGUUCACUGGUGGAGGCCAAGCUGAAGAUUUCAGACGUGGGCUGUGCCGUGCACCUGUGCUCUCUGUUCCACCAGCGCUAUGCAGAUUUCGCCCCACUUCUGCUGGCCGCCUGGAAGAGGCACUUUGAGGCCCGUAAGGAGGAGAAGUCUCCAAACGUGAGCAAGCUGCGCACAGACCUGCGCUUCAUCGCUGAGCUGACCAUAGUGGGUCUCUUUACUGAUAAGGAGGGUCUGUCACUCAUCUACGAGCAGCUGAAGAACAUCAUCGGGGCUGACCGUGAGACUCACACUCACGUUUCAGUGGUGAUAAGCUUCUGCAAGCAUUGCGGAGAUGACAUUGCUGGCCUGGUGCCUCGUAGAGUGAAGAGUGCAGCGGAGAAGUUCAACCUGACCUUCCCUCCUAGUGAGAUUAUCAAUACAGAGAAGCAGCAGCCUUUCCAGAACUUGCUGAGAGAAUAUUUCACCUCUCUUACCAAACACCUGAAGAAAGAUCACAGAGAGCUUCAGAACAUUGAAAGGCAGAACAGGCGUAUCCUGCACUCUAAAGGAGAGUUGAGUGAGGACAGGCAUAAGCAAUAUGAGGAAUUUGCCACAUGCUAUCAGAAGCUGCUCGCUAACACUCAGUCUCUGGCUGAUUUACUGGAUGAGAACAUGCCUGAUCUGCCACAGGAUAAGACUGUCCAGGAAGAGCAUGGUCCAGGCAUUGACAUCUUUACUCCAGGGAAGCCUGGAGACUAUGAGCUCGAAGGCGGAAUCUGGGAGGACGAGGAUGCACGAAACUUCUAUGAAAACCUGGUGGACCUGAAGGCUUUUGUACCUGCCAUUCUGUUCAAGGACAAUGAGAAGGCCAGCCAAAGCAAAGACAGGGAUGAGAACAAAGAGAUCAAGGAGGGACGUGAAGGGAAAGAGGCAAGCAGCACUGAGGAGCUGGAGCUGGAGCUAGAGGCUCUGGACAUCACUGAUGACCCUCUGGAGCUUGAAGCUGCUGAUGAAGCUGAGAGCGAAGAACUGGCCAAGAAACUCCUAGAUGAGCAAGAACAAGAAGACGAGGAAGCCAGUACUGGAUCUCAUCUUAAACUCAUCGUUGACGCCUUCAUCCAACAGCUCCCCAACUGUGUCAACAGAGACCUGAUUGAUAAGGCUGCAAUGGACUUCUGUAUGAAUAUGAACACCAAGUCUAACCGCAGGAAGCUUGUUCGUGCCCUCUUCACUGUUCCCAGGCAAAGGCUUGAUCUGUUGCCGUUCUACUCAAGGCUGGUGGCUACUCUGCACCCCUGCAUGUCUGAUGUUGCAGAGGAUCUCUGCUCCAUGCUCAAAGGAGACUUCAGAUUCCACGUAAGAAAGAAGGACCAAAUCAACAUUGAGACCAAGAAUAAGACCGUGAGGUUUAUUGGGGAGUUAGCCAAAUUCAAAAUGUUUUCGAAAACAGACACUCUACAUUGUCUGAAGAUGCUGUUGUCUGAUUUCUCUCAUCACCACAUUGAAAUGGCCUGCACUCUGCUGGAGACAUGCGGACGAUUUCUCUUCAGGUCUCCUGAGUCUCAUCUGCGUACCAGCGUUCUACUGGAACAAAUGAUGCGCAAAAAACAGGCGCAACAUCUGGAUGCUCGAUACGUAACUAUGGUGGAGAAUGCCUACUACUACUGCAACCCACCACCCAUGGAGAAAACUGUGCGCAAGAAGAGGCCACCGCUACAGGAGUAUAUUCGCAAGCUGCUCUACAAAGAUCUGUCUAAGGUUACCACCGAGAAGGUUUUGAGACAGAUGCGCAAGUUGCCCUGGCAGGAUCCAGAAAUGAAGAGUUAUCUGAUUUGCUGCAUGGUGAACAUCUGGAAUGUGAAGUACAACAGCAUUCACUGUGUAGCUAACUUGCUGGCUGGACUAGUUGCAUACCAGGAGGAUGUGGGUAUACAUGUAGUGGAUGGGGUGCUGGAGGACAUCCGUCUUGGCAUGGAAGUGAACCAACCAAAGUUUAACCAGCGGCGUAUCAGCAGUGCAAAGUUUCUGGGGGAGCUCUACAACUACCGCAUGGUGGAGUCAGCUGUGAUCUUCCGCACGCUUUUCUCAUUCAUCUCAUUCGGUGUGAACGCUGAUGGCUCGCCCAGUCCUCUGGACCCUCCUGAGCACCUGUUCCGCAUCCGCUUGGUCUGCACCCUGCUUGACACAUGUGGGCAGUAUUUUGACCGUGGCUCCAGCAAGAGGAAGCUUGACUGCUUCCUCAUCUAUUUCCAGAGAUAUAUCUGGUGGAAGAAGAGUUUAGAGGUAUGGACUAAAGAUCACCCCUUCCCCAUUGAUAUUGACUACAUGAUCAGUGACAUGCUGGAGCUUUUGAGGCCCAAAAUGCACCUGUGCAGCUCACUGGAGGAGGCCUGCCGACAGGUCACUGAACUUGAAAGAGAGGUCCUCGUCAAACUGGGCUUGGCCAUGGAGAAGGAUGGCCGUUGUUCCAGUGCCAUGGGGGAGGGAGAGGCUUUAGAUGAGGAAGAUGAAGAUGAUGAUGAUGAAGGUGGAGCAGAGACGGAAGAGCAGUCCGGAAACGAAAGCGAAAUGAAUGAACCAGAAGAGGAGGAAGGCUCAGAGAAUGAGGAAGAGGAGCGGGAGGAGGAGGAAGAGAACACGGACUACCUGACCGACUCCAACAAAGAGAACGAGACGGACGAGGAGAACAAUGAGGUGAUGAUUCGGGGUGGAGGUCUGAAACAUGUGGCCUGUGCUGAGGAUGAUGACUUUAUUCAGGCACUGGAUAAAAUGAUGCUGGAGAACCUGCAGCAGCGCAGCGGGGAGGCAGUGAAGGUGCACCAGCUCGAUGUUGCUAUUCCACUGCACCUGAAGAGCCAGCUAAAGAGAGGCCCUGCACCUUCUUGUACAGCAGACACAGACGCAGACAUCAACGACACCAUGCAAUUUGUCAUGCUGACCAGGAAAGGCAACAAACAACAGUUUAAGAUCCUGAACGUGCCACUGUCAUCUCACCUGGCUGCCAAUCACUUCAACCAGCAGCAGGCAGAACAAGAGGAGCGCAUGCGUAUGAAGAAGCUCACUUUGGACAUCAAUGAGCGACAGGAACAGGAGGACUACCAGGAGAUGAUGCAGUCGCUGGCUCAGAGACCUGCACCUGCCAACACAAACCGAGAGCGCCGCCCACGCUAUCAGCACCCUAAAGGGGCUCCUAAUGCAGACCUGAUAUUCAAGACUGGGGGGAGGAGACGCUGAUUGAGCGAGCGAGUGAUCGCGUGAAGGAGAGAGAGAAACAGAAAGCGAGAGCACGGUGCACUUGGUCUUCCCUGUACUGGCAGGGAGUGCGCACCUGCUACAGACAGACCUACAGACUCCAACCUCACCAUGGCAACCUGAGAGGAGAGCGGGAGAGGAGGAAAGAUGAGCAUCAUCAGCUGCAGAGCUGGAGGAAUUCCACCUCCAGCACAGCUCACACACAGACACGGACAGACCCACACAUAUACAUGUACAGACAGACGGUGAGACGGACGGACAGACCGACAGGCUCCAGAGCGAAGACUGAGGCGUGUGUGGUUGUUUGUGACGGGCUCAGUGAGUGGUGUGAGAGAGUUCAGUUGUUUCUUCUUUAAACCGCUGGUAAAUAGAGGAGCUCUCUCCUUUUGGCAAUGUUACACAGCACGAGUCAACCUCCACAUCAUACUAUGACGAGGAGAAAGUGGUACAGUGACCAAGCGAGAGAUGCAAGAAUGUAGUGCUGUUUGUGCAAAUCAAAAUGAGGACUGAAUCUUCACAAAGGCAGCUUGACAGAUUGAAGUGUGAGGGUACUGUGGGACGUGCUGUUUUCCUCAGCCGGAGCAGAGGAGGAGUUAAUUGGAGGGAAUUAUUGUUUAUUUUUUUCAUGGGCAAGCCUUUGACACAUUUCUGCGUUGUAGACCUUUUGCACUCCCAGAUCUUUUCUUUCUUUCUGCUUUGUGCUGUACAGCAGCAAUUCAACAAAUGAGCAAGUGCUUUCUCUGUAAAACAAGGCUGAUUUCAGAUUAACUGAUGGGUUUCUUUGUGAUUUUCUCUCUGUUCAGUAGCUUAUAUUCUCAAUAUAUGAAUGUGUACUUAGAGACGGCUUAGGCCAACAACACAAGCUUUAUGUCAGUGAAUAUUGAUAAUAUUGCAUUAAAGUGACUUCAUUGCUGUGGA